GCCGACUUGACAACAACCGGAAGUAGCUUUAACCAAUUAAAAUUAUAAUUUUGGAUUGUAGGGAAAGUUUGUAAUUUGCCAAAUAGUUUUACAGCAUGCCAUUGUAAUUUGUGUCACAUUCAGCAGCAGCAGCAGACACAGGGACAGAAAGUUACAUUGACACGAGGAAGAAAUUUGUCAAGUGUUGGCAUACACUAAGAUCAUGGAUUUGGAACCAGUCUGGAAUACGUAACAUAGUGUUAUUGUGAUAUAAAAUGUGAUAUAGAUAUUUAUACCAGAUUCCCCAUUCUUGAGAUUAUUUAUAGUGAUUACGUAAUAAAAGGACUAACAAUGGGUGAAUUCAUAGCUCCGUGGAAUCUCCUUCAACUGGCAUUGAUCUCUGUGUAUCCUAUGUAUAUGUCUUUCUUUAGAAUAGCCAAUGGUAUGUCACUGUUGGCUCUCUAUGUAGACCUCCUGAUAGUUUGUGUACCAGUUCUUUUUAUACAAAUGAAGUUAGGAGGAUAUCAUCAGAAAGGAAUUGUGGGAUUAUUUUCUCAACAUGUCCCCAUUGCAAAAGGUAUUGGUGUGGCAUUACUAAUUGACCUGUUCCUAACCUGUGUAUACCUUGCUCCUCUGAUCUGCCAUGUAGGUUUAUACGCUAUGUUAUCAAUGGUGGAGAAACCCUAUGUAUGGGGUACCUGUGACAAUAAAUGGAAUACAAAUCAAUGUUUUGAUCAUGAGACGACAACUGAAUCCGUUCCAGCUUUUAUAGGUCCUCAAGGUAGACAAAGUGAUGGCCGUCUACCUGAACAGGAAUUCUUUGAUUACAGUUAUCUUCAAGAAAGUCCCUACAUCUCUAACAUAACAGAAUUUCCAGUGUGGCAUUUUUCAGAGGCAUUCCAAAAAGUAAACUUCUCCCUGGCUCCUAUAGCAUUGCUUGUCACAUGGUUGUUAGUGUUUCUAUUUAUAGCUUUUGGACCUAGAGUGUGUGGAUGGAUUCUGUUCCUCCUUGGACCAGCAAGUUUAGGCUUGUUAUUUGCUGUGAUGGGUUAUGGAUAUAAAAACUUGGAUCCAAAUUAUACGGGAAAUUUCCUGAAGAGGUUAUAUAAACUUGACUUCACAGGAUUUGUUGAUCCGAAGGCAAAUCCUUCUGUUAUAGAUGACUGGAUCAAUGGUUUUAAUUUGUUGAUGUUUGGGUUACCAGUCUGGACAGCAAUACCAGUAUCAAUAGGAAAAUGGGUUGGAAAAGGUCGUAUCAGUCGAAAUGUAAAUUGGCUGGUUGUUAUUUUUGUGUAUGCCUGUAUAGUACAAGUCCCACAGUUGGCAAUGGCACCAUAUCUAGGAAACCUCAUGGAGACGAAAAAUGUAGCUAUUUUUACAGAGACAAUGUUUACAGGGCUGGCGAGUUUUAAGGUUGUAUUCCACAGUAUGCCUGCAGCAUUUGCUGUUUUGAAGGUUCCACCAGUGUAUGCUAUGCUGUUCUAUUUAUCCAUGUUUAUUUCCGGUGUGAUGUUUUUGUGUAUUGCUGUGAUGACCAUAGUGGACAAUAUAGUGGACAGUCUAACGUCGAGAUAUGCCAGAUUUACCGAUCGUAGAUGUUGUACCACGUUUGUUACGAGUUUUUUGUUAAUUUUGCUUCUGAUGGGAUUAGGUGUUUUACAUAUGUCAAAGGUUGGAAUUUAUCUGAUAGUUCUGAUGGACCAGUCAGUUGUUAGAUUGAGAUUUAUUAUUGUAAUACUCCUCGCAAUUUCCUUAAUUCUUGUAUAUGUGAAGCAGACCUUUUCCAUUGGAGAGAGAGUAAUCAUCAGUAUCUGGUGUGGACUGGCGUCAAUUUCUGCAGCUGGCCUGUGGAUUUAUAAUUUCACACUAACCAUCAACAAUAAAGUCAGCUACAACAAUUAUUAUCUAACAGACGUGUGGGUACUAAUCAGUUGGAUAAUCUCAGCUAUUCCUUAUAUAGCCAUCCCUGCAGCUGUGUUACAUAGCUGUAUGUCGUAUGAUGGCUCUUGUGAUGAGAAAGUACAUUACCUGAUGUGUGGUUCCGACGAAGAUGAACGACAGCAGGACUAUGAUGGGUACUACCCUGCCCCGGAGCCAACAGCCCCACCCUACACAUACAUGGAUAACAAUGAAUACCUCUACCCCAUGAACAAUCUGUCUAAAAACAACUAUGAUGCAGAAAUGGAACCUCUCAAUACAAACCUUAGACAUACUAAUAUGUAAAUCUAUAUGUACUGAAGAAUUUGAAUUGAUUUGAACAAAGUUUUGGUAAAGAUUUAAGAUAUAAAAACAAUGCAAAAAUACUAUUUUUAGGAAAACAAAUUGAUAUCUAGCAAAUCAAUUUUAGUGUCAAGAGAUUUUAUUUAAAUGUUGUAAAGAAAAUCGAAAAGGAUUUGUUUAAAAUGAAUUAAAUUAUUCUCAAAUUCAUUAAAUAUAGAAUUUUCAUUAUUUAGAUAAAUAAUGCAAAGUUUGUUAGGGUAUACCGUUUUAUGUACGAUAUAUAUGUUAAACAUUGUCUAGAUAUGAGCUGCGUCAGAUAGAAAUCGACCUUAUGCAAAUCAACAUUAAUACAUCUAUUAACCUAUUUCGGUUUUGAAAAAACACUCAACAGAAAGCCUUGCAUAGAUGCCAACCAUUACGUGUUUUCCCUAGUUUUUCAGAUUUUGCGAUAAAAACUACGCUAUUACGGUCAAAGUAGAAAAGUUACGGAUUUCCAUUCAUCACCGUUCAAUUUUGUAAAACGCGGAUUUUUAUCAUUACUUUUCCGUCCUGGUCCGGUAUUUAGAAAACGCCAAUGUAAUGCUUCUGGUUUCUUGGGAGUUAUCAACCUAUUGUUUGGAACUAACUGACUUCCGAAGAGGCAAACUUGCAUUUUAUGCAGUAGCUUUCCCCCUUUCUCUACUUCUUGACAAAACGAAAAUGUACGAGUCGAGAACAUCUCAUUCUGAACAAUUAAUGAAUUGAAUGCAUACUACAGACAACAUGUUGAACGACAAAUUUUAGUGCACAUCAUUUUGCAACCACACGUCAGUAAUUUUUAUUGGUAAAUGCAAGUUUAUGAAUGAUUACUGAAAACUUUUCAAAAAUACGGAAAUUUUGAUAGUUUGUUACUGAUUGUGUCAAAAGGGGUUGGCAUCUAUGAGCCUUGGACUGUUUGCAAGCUAAAUUGGUAUUCGAAUGCCUCAAAACGGACCAAACUUCAUCUUUUAUUUGAUUGUAUUUCGUAAAUGAAUGUUUCUAAGUCAAUCAGAGUCGGAUACAUGUACAUAUUUAUGUACACUUGCAUUUGGUCGAUUUCUAUCCGACGCAGCUCAUAUGUUAUUGAACAUCUUUGCAUAAUACGAAACACUGAAAUUGUCUGACUUCUCAAGAUUUAUUAUAUUUAUGUUCUAAUAUAAGUAUAUAUUCAUCACCAUGCUAAACUAUCAAAAACAUUUAUGGCAGCAUUCUAUGAUACUCCAUUCCUGCACUUUUAACCGCUUAAAAUAAUUUGCAUAACAUAUAAAUGGCUGCAUAUAUUGUUUAUUAAUUAUGCUUAAAAAAUCCUAACAAUGAUUUCAAAAAAUGAAGUUUUUAUCAGUUAAAGAUAUUCAUUUAUCAUAUUUUUCAUGAAUACCAACUUUUUCUGUAUUAAGAAAAAAAUAUUUCAUUGAUAUUUGAUUUCCUGCUUUUUUUUAAGCCUCAAUCAUGUCCAUAGUGACUUCAAAAUAAUAGGACUUCAUUUGUCUAUACCAACAAAAUCAACUAUCCCACAAAUAAUAAAGUAUCAACAGAAGAUCAUACUAUUAUUGGGUCAAAAGUGAAUUAUGGUUUAUCACUGAAAUUGUGAAACAAACUUCACUCAUCAUGUCUGCUAAGGUUAGCUUGUGUGAUUGCUGCCAUGUUGCAUGUAUGAACAUUUUCCAAAGGUAAGGGUAGCUUGUUUAAACAAUUGUAUAAUGCUAAUUGUUUCAUAAUUCCUGGUAACUAAAACAAACCAUGGAUUAUAUUUUGAUCCGGUGUAGAUUUCCUCCAAAAAUGUAUUUCUUCAAAAAAAAUUCCUUGGUGGUUUUCCGGAAGUCAUCAUGCAAGCGCAUACAAAACUUUUCUUUAUAAAACAUUGAAAAUCAUAGUUUAUACCUUUAUCCACAAACAAUUGUACCCAACAAAUAAUGUUAAACCCACAUUUGAAAAAGUUGCAUACUCGCUGUUGCUACAAAUAACUGUUCUAAAGUUAUGCCCCUUGAGUUAUCUCAAAAGUGGACAAAACAAUGUUUGCAAAUAAUGUCUUUUUCUAAAAAGGACCUUUAAACUUCCCGCAUUACUUCAGUGAAAUACUGGUCCAGGAUUAGUUUUUUGCUGUAGCUAUAUGUAUACUGAACUUGAGACAAUUUCAGUGUCUGAUAUAAUCUUUGCAGUAUACAAAGUGGGGGAGGACCCUUUCUGGAUGUCGGGAUUGGGUAUUUUUAAGCUCAAGAUUUCAGGAUUGAUCCUUUCAAUAUCCAGAAAUUCUUUUUUCAAAUUUCGGGAUGUCAGGAUUUAAAUUUUGAUAAAUUCUGUACCUCAAGAUUUCAUGUUUUUUAGCCUGGGAUUUUGGGAUUAGGACCCCUCCCCCUCUACAAAGAUUAUACAUCAAAACGUUGAUACUCGACUAAGUUUUGUGAUUUCCAGCUCCUUCUGAAGCAGACUUCUGCCCUCCCUUGAAAUAUUUUUUAAAUGGUCAUUUCAUGGUUUUGCCUCUGGCGUACUUAAUUAUAAUCCUGCUACAUGUACCUUUGAUAACUAUUUGCCUCAUCUUUGGAGAUGGUACCGUAUAGCGGGUUAUUUUCACGGGUGUAAAAUUUCGCGAUUUUCAUUGAAUAAGGUAUACGAAAAAAUUUGGCGGUUAUUUUUUUGGCGGAUUCAACAUUUUUAACAUUACCUUUGCAUGAACACUUUUAAAUUGGCGGAAUUUAUUUUGGCGAUUUUGUUCUAUCCGCGAAAAUAAGCGAAAAUUUACACCCCGCGAAAAUAACCCGCUAUACGGUAAAAAUAAUUUUACCAUGAGCUUGAAAUGUUAAAGGUUGUACUUUUUUUUUAUCAUUCUCUCAUUGUGUUGUUAGAGAAAGAUCUGUUGUAUAUAGAUAAAGGAGAAGAAUGUUUGUACCACAAACAGCACAAAGAACAUUAACAUUAUUCUAGUCAGCUUUUGUUAGCUAUGAUUUAAUGAUUACCCCGGUAAUGUUAAAAUAUAUUAUAAAUAUUUACAAUUUUAGCUUACAGAUAAAUAACAUUUUUGAAAUUCACUAGACAUUUUUUGUUGAAAUGAGAUUAGUUUAAAAACCAUGUUUACCUUGGGGUUGUUUCAGAAAAUACAAUUCCUUCUAGGAAAGGCACCUUUUUUUUUCACCCAUGGAAAUAAAAAUAAAUAAGAACAACACUCCCUUUGUAUUUUGGUACAUGUAUUUCGAAUUAAACCACCCACAUAAAAUUUAGAAACAUUGCCUCUCCUCGAGGGGGGAUAUAGUAUUUUCUGGAAUGGCGCUUACAACUUAUAGUUCAAGAAAUCUUUUCAAAAAUAAUCUUAUCAUAUAAAGUGAUUCUGAGUUGUACUGAAAUGUUCAUGUAUUUUUUUCUCAAAAGAUUUGUUAUGGAAUUUGCAGCUGAUACAUGUAUUUAUAUUUAAAAAAUAGUUCUACUGUAAGAUUGCAAAACGAAUUUGACACAGAAAUUAAAUUUAAGAUGCCCACCUAUAUCUUAACAGUUUUAUAAAACAUGUCGGUUUUACAUAUUUAAUUGUGUAUUUGUAGUUUAAAGAAUAUAUAUGUAUUGUCAUUUCAUCAUUUUAUUAUUAUAAAUUAUCAUUGUUUUUAUCUGUAACAUAUGUACAAUAUCAUAUAAUCAUUAAAGAUGCAAAAAGUAUAUACAGUAAAACCUGACUAAACCGAACCCUUUCGGGACAUGAGAUGUUGUUCGGUUUUGGCAGGUAUUUGGUUUCAUCAGGUUCACAAUGCAUAAAAUUUGAAAUGAUUGGUCUUCAGAACAAGUUUGGAUUAGACAGGUUUCCAGUUUAUUCAGGGUUCGGUUUAAUCAGGUUUCACUGUACUCAUGAAUUCAUUUAACUUAUCUGAACUGUACUUGUAUAGUUCAUUAAAAAUGUGCUUUAGACCUGCAGCUGUGCAAAAAAUUGAAAAUGUUUACAUAAUUUUAAACCAGUCUGACAGAAAUCUAUACUUUAAUAAUACAAAAUAGUAAAUGUUUGUGAGGUUUUUUUUUUGGUUAAUUUAAGAUAAAGUUUCUAAAAUAUUCAUUUUUCUGAUUUUGUUCUGGAAGGAAGUUGGCUGCUUUUUUUCUAAAUAAAAAGCUUUUUCAAAGAGUUAUAAAAUGGAAGUAUAUAAAUAAUGGAACUAAACAAAAAAAGGUAUGUGUCCUAAUUUUUAGAUAUAAGCCAUGAUUUUUUUUUAAAUGAAUGAGUGAAGUGAAGUCCCUUAAGUAUACUUUAAUAAUUAGUUUUAAGCUACACAAAUCUCCCCUUACAACAGAUUAAUUUAAUUACUAGGCACAUUUUAUUAAUUUGACAUUUUAUAAAGAAACAAAAAAUGUUUGCAUCGAUAGAUUGUUUUCAUUAUAAGGCACAUUUCCUGCAGACAGCUGCAGUUUUUCAUAAAAAAAGGUUUUUAUUCAUCAUACUGUUAUGUACAUAUUUUAUCAUGAUGCAAAUGGGAUUUCAUUUACCUAACCGAUUGAUAUUUUAAUAUUUUAUGAUAGUUGUCUAUUGUCUAAUUUUUAACAUCAUUGGUAAAAUAAAAUCUAUUAUUAUCAAAA